AUGACGGGCCAUACUCAAGCCCAUAAGUAUCGAUUGAAGGUCACUGCCGGAACGGAAUACAAUCCAGAUACACAUGAGAUCGUCCCAGUCAACGCUGACCAGAGCUUACGCAUUGAGAACGAGCAUGCGACGGUGAGCCUCUGUGUCCGAAUCCAGAAGUACACCGGCUAUCCUGACGACUCCCCCAAGACAAAUCCCUACUUCUCGCACCCCCUCCACCAAGACGACCAAUACUCCAUCUCCUUCUCCAUCGUCUUCAAGCACCCCGUCAACGGCAACGACCUUCUCUUCGGCAACGACUUCGACCGUCCUAUCCGCUCUCGCCUCCCACCAGGCUUCAACGCCGCCCUCCAUCUUGUGAAAUGGACCCUCGACCCGGCUAUGGACGGUGACGCCUACGCCGACAAACCAUACUUGUACAGUCCCGCCGUGGCUUCGCUGAACCAGCUGCGCAUAGGCGAUAAGAUCCAGAAGGGCGCUGAGGUGCCCACUGUGCACGACGUGGUGGUGGAAGAAGGCGCGGACGGGUCCGGCGCAGAGGAGCGUGCAGCUCGCGGGAUCCCCAAUUCAGUCGCGGGGCGGCGCAAGUUCUUCCUGAGUGAGGAGGAGAGGAAGAAGUUUGAGUUUGAGCCCGGGAGGGUGUACUCGGCGGAUUUUGGGAAUCCGUAUCUAGUGUUCAACGAUUUCUCACUGCGGCUUCCUGGCUUCACGGUCCACGCGACCAAGUAUAUCGAUGAGAAGAACCAUUACUUGCGGUAUGUGCUGAAGGAUCGGAGUACCAAUGAAGUCUACUUUGUGGUGCUGUUUACGCUGGUCCUGCUUGGGACAGAGGAAGAGCCCGGCCAUAAGGAGCGCAUUGAGCAGGAGAUUCAGGAGAGUAAGGCGAGGAACGAGCAAACGAAUGGGAGUUUGGGCAAGUUUGACUGGGAGCCGGAACCGGCUGCUGGGGAUGUGGAGUAA